AUGCGGCAGAACGACGUACAGUGCCGCAGUACAGUACAGACGGACGGAGACGACGCGGCAGGCGUCGUGACUCGUGUUCUUCUUCUUCUUCUUCUUGCCCGCGAGACGACAGGCGGGCGUGUGCGCGUUUCUUGGGACUGCUCACCGGUGACCGACGAUGCCCCCGCCCCCCGCCCCCCGCGCCCACGCUGCAACAGCAACAGCAGCAACGGGGCCGCGGGGGCGCGCGGGGGAGCGUGCGAGCUGUCUGUUGCAGCUGCUGCUGCGCAAUUUCGAAUGCACCCUCACGGCCCCGUUCGCUCGUUAGCGUAA